UGGUGACGUAUCCCGCUGGCGCGAGCAAGUGACGCGACGGGACCCGUUGUCUGUGUGCGGGGCUAGGGGCCCCGGGGGCGUCGGGGGCUCCCGGCGGGGCGGCGGUGGGUCGGGAGGGCCUGGACAUGGCGCUGAGGGACCGCCCCGCGGGAAGAUGAAUAAGGGCUGGCUGGAGCUGGAGAGCGAUCCUGGCCUCUUCACCCUCCUGGUGGAAGAUUUCGGUGUCAAAGGGGUGCAAGUGGAGGAGAUCUAUGACCUUCAGAGCAAGUGCCAGGGCCCCGUGUAUGGAUUCAUUUUCCUGUUCAAAUGGAUCGAAGAGCGCCGAUCCCGUCGCAAGGUCUCUACCUUGGUGGAUGACACAUCUGUGAUUGAUGACGAUAUUGUGAAUAAUAUGUUUUUUGCCCACCAGCUGAUCCCCAACUCUUGUGCCACGCAUGCCCUGCUGAGCGUGCUCCUGAACUGCAGCAAUGUGGACCUGGGGCCCACCCUGAGCCGUAUGAAGGACUUCACCAAAGGCUUCAGCCCUGAGAGCAAAGGAUAUGCGAUUGGCAAUGCCCCGGAGUUGGCCAAGGCACAUAAUAGCCAUGCCAGGCCCGAGCCACGCCACCUCCCUGAGAAGCAGAAUGGCCUUAGUGCAGUGCGGACCAUGGAGGCAUUCCACUUUGUCAGCUAUGUGCCUAUCACAGGCCGGCUUUUUGAACUGGAUGGGCUCAAGGUCUAUCCCAUUGACCAUGGGCCCUGGGGUGAGGAUGAGGAGUGGACAGACAAGGCCCGGCGGGUCAUCAUGGAGCGUAUCGGCCUCGCCACUGCAGGGGAGCCCUACCAUGACAUCCGCUUCAACCUGAUGGCGGUGGUGCCCGACCGCAGGAUCAAGUAUGAGGCCAGGCUGCAUGUCCUCAAGGUGAACCGUCAGAUAAUACUGGAGGCUCUGCAGCAGGUGAUCAGGGUAACACAACCAGAGCUGAUUCAGACACACAAGUCUCAAGAAUCCCAGCUGCCUGAGGAGUCCAAACCAGCCAGUGGCAAGUCCCCUGUGGCUCUGGAGGCGAGCAGGGGCCCAGUGUCCUCGGAGGGCACCCACACAGAUGGUGUGGAGGUGGUGGCUGGUUCAUGCCCACAAGCCCCAACCCACAGCCCUCCCAGCAAACCCAAGCUGGUGGUGAAACCUUCAGGGAGCAGCCUCAAUGGUGUUCCCCCCAACCCCACUCCCAUCGUCCAGCGGCUGCCAGCUUUUCUGGACAAUCACAACUAUGCCAAGUCCCCCAUGCAGGAGGAGGAAGACCUGGCAGCAGGUGUGGGCCGUAGCCGAGUUCCAGUUCGCCCACCCCAGCAGUACUCGGACGAUGAGGAUGACUAUGAGGAUGAGGAGGAGGACGAUGUGCAGAACACCAACCCUGCCAUCAGAUACAAGCGAAAAGGGCCAGGAAAGCCAGGGCCAAUGAGUGGCUCCGGGGAAGGGCAGCUGUCAGUGCUGCAGCCCAACACUAUCAACGUCUUGGCCGAGAAGCUCAAAGAGUCCCAGAAAGACCUCUCGAUCCCCCUGUCCAUCAAGACCAGCAGCGGCGCUGCGAGUCCGGCUGUGGCGGUGCCCAUGCACUCACAGCCCUCGCCCACCCCCAGCAACGAGAGCACAGACACAGCCUCUGAGAUCGGCAGCGCUUUCAACUCACCACUGCGCUCGCCCAUUCGCUCAGCCAACCCCACACGGCCCUCCAGCCCUGUCACCUCCCACAUCUCCAAGGUGCUUUUUGGAGAAGAUGACAGCCUGCUGCGUGUUGACUGUAUACGCUACAAUCGUGCUGUACGUGACCUGGGUCCUGUCAUCAGCACGGGCCUGCUGCACUUGGCUGAGGAUGGUGUGCUGGGUCCCCUGGCACUGACAGAGGGUGGGAAGGGUUCCUCGCCCUCCAGCAGACCAAACCAGGGCAGCCAGGGGUCCGGCGGCCCAGAGGAGAAGGAGGUGGUGGAAGCUGCAGAUGGCAGAGAGAAGUCUGGGCUGGCCAGGACCGGUGAGCCCUUGAGUGGGGAGAAGUACUCACCCAAGGAGCUGCUGGCACUGCUGAAGUGUGUGGAGGCUGAGAUUGCAAACUAUGAGGCCUGCCUCAAGGAAGAAGUGGAGAAGAGGAAGAAGUUCAAGAUUGACGACCAGAGGAGGACACACAACUAUGACGAGUUCAUCUGCACGUUCAUCUCCAUGCUAGCUCAAGAAGGGAUGCUGGCCAACCUGGUGGAGCAGAACAUCUCCGUGCGGCGGCGCCAAGGCGUCAGCAUUGGCCGGCUCCACAAGCAGCGGAAGCCUGACCGGCGGAAACGUUCACGCCCCUACAAGGCCAAGCGCCAAUGAGGAUGCUGGCCCCAACUCUGCAGCCUGCUCUUGCCUUGUGGCCUCACCAGGGCCUCUUCCCUGCCCCACUCCCCCUUCCCAGUAUUACUGAAUGGUUCCAGCCAGAGAGCUCAGACCCUGGAAAGGGAAGCCAGGCCAGGAUUCCCUGCAUUGUACUUGGGUAGGAUAAGCCCAUAGCGCUCAGGAAGCAGCAGCUGGAGCUGGGAAAGCGAGGUGCUGCAGCUGCCUCCACAGCCGGCUGUGGGCUGCAGGACCUGGCCUUUCUGCCUGGGCAGCAGAAUAUAUAUUUUACCUACA